UCAAAGUUUUUUUAGUUUUUGCUCGCAUUACUACUGCAUCGGAUAAAUAAUGAAAAAAUAAGCAAGAAUUCUAGUGUAAAAUAACUAGAAACCCCAUUAAAAGAGCAAUAAUAGCAUAUAUAUUUUCGCAACAAAAGGAAUAAUAAGAAAUAAGGUGAAUUGCGUCUUGGCUAAUAACACGCCCAAACUAAAGGAUAAAAACCAGCAGGCUGGUGAGAAAUUUAGAGAGAAUUUGCAUCUUUCUUAGUUGAAAUUGCCAAAACCGCAAUUGGCCUCCAACCAAAAAAUGUCGGAGAAAAACAUAAAGGUGGGAGCUCGCAUUGAGAUCACGGGCAAGGAUCUGCAAGGUACCAUUGCCUAUGUGGGCAUGACAAGUUUUGCUGUGGGCAAGUGGGUAGGUGUGGUCUUGGAUGAGCCAAAAGGCAAAAACAAUGGUUCGAUUAAGGGCACUGCCUAUUUUGAGUGCUCGGACAAUUAUGGUAUGUUUGUGAGGCCUACGCAAUUAAAGGUCAUACAACCGGCGCCUGAUACAUCAAGCCGCAAAUCCACGGAAGAUGUAUCAGCGGGCUCCACUGACAGCCUCAAGCAUAUCGCACCUCAACCAACUAAAACCCGGCCAAGUAUGUCUCGCCCUUCGCUUACUGGCAGUCGUUUGUCGCUGAGCGGUUCACGUUCACAGUUGACCUCCUUGACAGAACGUAGUGGUAGCACUGCCAGUACUGCAAGUCGCAAAAGUCUGCAACCCUCUGCGGCAAGUGCAAAUCUAUCAAAGGAGGUUUCGGGCUCCAAUUUGUCAUUGACUGGCGGCGAUGCUACUCCCAAUAAUGGCAAGAAGAGCUCAUUUGUGGAAACCGGUUUCAUGGAGAUUUUGAAACCUCAAUUCAAUCCUUCACAACCUAUGCGUUCACCUUCGUUCACCUCUCCACCCAAUCAAUUGAGCUCCGAUGAAAAGGCCAAUUUGAAUGAACAAAAGAAACUCAAUGACGAGCUGCAGAAUCAGGUGGCCGAUCUUACCGAAAAGCUAGAGACCCUGAAGCAAAGACGCAACGAAGAUAAAGAACGUUUGCGUGAAUUCGACAAGAUGAAGGUGCAGUUUGAACAAAUGCAGGAGUUUCGAAGCAAAAUCAUGGCAGCCCAAUCCUCUUUGCAAAAAGAACUCCAAAGAGCCAAACAAGAAACCAAAGAUGCCAUUGAAGCCAAAGAGAGACAUGCCCAAGAAAUGGCAGAACUGGCUGAUAAUGUGGAGCUGAUUACGCUGGACAAAGAAAUGGCAGAGGAAAAGUCGGACACUUUGCAAUUAGAAUUGGACUCUGCCAAGGAACGCAUUGAAGAGUUACAAGUCGACCUAGAGCUGUUGCGCUCUGAAAUGCAAAAUAAGGCAGAAACCUCUUUGGGUUCGGGCGGUGGUGAAGGUGGUCCUUCCGUGUAUGAAUUCAAACAAAUGGAGCAACAAAAUCUGCGCAUGAAAGAAACUCUGGUACGACUUAGAGAUUUGUCCGCCCAUGACAAGCAUGACAUACAAAAGUUGACCAAAGAACUGGAAAUGAAAAAAUCUGAAGUUGCUGAAUUGGAAAGAACCAAGGAGAAAUUAUCGGCAAAAAUCGAUGAAUUGGAAGCUACUGUAGCUGAUUUACAGGAACAAGUCGAUGCCGCCUUGGGUGCUGAAACCAUGGUGGAACAAUUGACCGAUAAGAAAUUUGAAUUGGAAGAUCGUGUUAAACUUCUGGAAGAGGAGGUGGCCCAACUCGAAGCCCUGGAGGAGGUCCACGAGCAGUUGAUUGAGAGCAACCAUGACUUGGAAAUGGAUUUGCGCGAAGAAUUGGAUUUGGCUCAUGCCGCCAAAAAGGAGGUUUUGCGUGAAAGGGAUGCAGCCAUAGAAACCAUUUACGAUAGAGACCAAACCAUUACCAAAUUUCGUGAAUUGGUGCAGAAGCUUAAUGAUCAACUCAUCGAUCUGAGAGAUAAGGCUUCAGCCAAUAAUGAACAAAAAUCCUUGCAGGAUAAUCAACUGAAGAUAGCCACUGAAUCGGUGGACUACAAGCAAAUGUUUGCCGAAUCCAAGGCUUACACUCGAGCCAUCGAUGUGCAAUUGAGACAAAUCGAAUUGUCACAAGCUAAUGAGCAUGUCCAAAUGCUGACAGCCUUUAUGCCGGAGUCUUUUAUGAGCCGUGGUGGUGACCAUGACUCUAUUUUGGUUAUACUUCUGAUUUCUCGUUUGGUCUUCAAAUGUGGCAUUGUCAUUAGCCAGACCCGGGAACGUUUCCCAGCUGUGGAAAAUGUCACCAAGGAAUCCAUUAUCCAGGGCCAUAGUGUUCAGCAGUACGCCUUUAAGUGCCGUCUCAUGCACUACAUACACAAUCUCCAGUGCGCUUUGCAUCAGAUUCUUUAUGGUCUGAACAGUUGCCAGCCGGACACUUUGCUAAGAGCUGGUUCCUCUAUGCCCGAAAUGAUAGCCCAGGAGAAGACCAUUGAUGGCAUUAUUGAAUUGUUGAAGUCCAAUCAAUUGGAUGAGAAUUCCACCACCGAUAACAUAGAGAAAUGUGUGGCCUUCUUUAAUGCCAUGAAUUCGGUGUUGCUGGCUGGUGAAGAUCUGUUGAAUGAGACACAAAUGGUACGCGAUUGUGUGGCUGCCAUACAAUCGGCCUGCGAGAGUGUUUUGAAUGACACCGCCAUAGCUCGGGCCAUAUUAAGGCAAGAGGGCUCAACCAGUGAUGCCGCUUUGCUCAUGCAAUUCCUGGGUGACAAUGUGGAGUCCAUUAAGCAGCAGGUCAAGCUGAUCAGAAGACGUUUGCCUCAGGAUAUGCAUGUCAUCAAGUGUGGCAUUUCCCCCACCAAGCUGGAAUUCAUGCGUCAGUUGACCUAUGCUCUCUCCCGCAUUAUGUCCGCCUUAUAUUUGGCCAAUAAGCAAUCAUUGGCCAGCAUUGUGGCCUCCAUAGAGGGAGAUAAUGCCAACGAUCAUUGCAUUGAUCCAGCCAAAUACUGGGACUUUUUGUCCCAAGCAUGUGAGAAGAUCUACGAGCAGGAUGAUCGUGGUCCUUCCCAAAAUUUCAAGGGCAUUUUAAGCCAAGCCAACAAUGAUUUACAAACAGUGGGUCAAUAUCUGCUGGACAAGGAAUACGAAAUUAUGUCCAUGGCAAAUCAAAAGCAAGAGAAACCUGCCUCACCCAUCAUAUUACGAGCACAAAUGAUCAAGAAGCAAUUGGAACAAAAGAAUGUCUUGGCUGCCACCUUGGAGAAUCGCGAGGCGGAUAUCAAACAAUUGAAGCUGGCCGCUAAGAUGAAACAGAAUGAGCUUUCCGAGAUGCAAAUACGCAAGGACUUGGCUGAGAAAAAACUCUCAGUGUUACAGGCUGAAUACGACUCGGCUGUGCAAUGGAAAUACAAGUUCGAUGAAGCUCAGGAUAUGCUUAGAAAGAAGGAGAAAGAAUUCGAGGAAACUAUGGAUCACCUGCAGUCCGACAUUGAAGCCUUAGAGAGUGAGAAGAUUAAUUUGAGAGAGAAACUCAAGUUGACAUCCGGUGGCAGUGCCAAGAGAUCUGAUUCCUCAUUCUUAUCUACCACAGCACCCUCGGCCAACUCAACGAAUACUUCCUUCUCCACCCACACCACUGGAGCAACACCGCUCAUAGCCGAGGAACUGCAAUUGCUGAAACAUGUCUUUAAUAGCGAGCGUAACGAGAGAUUGCGCCUGCAAGCCGAACAGAUUAAGCUGAAGCUUAAAAAGUUCGAUCCUAUAUUUGUGCCACAGCCCAAGGACAAACGCAUUAUCGAGCUAGAGGCUGAGCUAACCAAAAUGAAGCAUGCCUGGGCUUUAUCGCUGCUGCAAACAAAUCCCAAAGCCUCCAAGGAUACACACAAUCUAGUGGCCAUGCAACGCAAGCAUAUGCCCAUACCCCAGAAAUCAGAAAUAAGUCACAAAGCCAAUAACUUGGCCGCAGAGAUAUUGCAGGAAUAUUUGCAGCGUCAUCCCCACAGAGCAGCGGCUAGUGAGUUUGGAAUUUUUCCCACUGUAGAAGUGAAAAGGGUAUUGCAAUUGUAAGGCAGUGCGAGGGGAUUCUUGUUAAAAUCUAAGGUAAUUACCAUAAGUCAGUCGAAGCAAGAGCAGCAAGAGAUAAAAACACCUAGAGAGUAAUAGAAUAGACAGAGAUAAACUUGUAAAAAAAUAACUAUAUAAAGGCACAAAAUUUCGGAUUUAAAGCGUUUUUCCUCUAACUAAGGAACAACUGUUUAAAAUUCUAUACACACAAAAACUAUUGGGAAGGAAAUACCUUCCAAAUUUACCUCAAGAAUCUUUGGAUAGCGGAUAACUAAGAGAUUUUUCUUGAAUGUAUGCAUCACCCCGAAAACAAAUCUAAUUAAUGGUAAAAUCUUUCGAAAUUCCUUUUUUUCUGGUUAUUUAAUCCUAUUUUUGUGUAUCUUAUCCAUAUGCAAAUAGUAUCCAAGCACAUUCUAUUAUGAGUUAUUCACAGCAAAAAUUUAAUUGCUUAGCAAUGAUAAAUUUUGCCAUUCUAUAUUAUCAUAAUUUAUAUUAAUCUUGGUAUUACAUUUUGCUUUAAAUUCAAUAUUAUAUGUAUUAGUUUCU